AUGCGCACAAAGACUAUCACUAAGACUACAUCUCUCCAGCCUUCUCUGAGUGAAGAUGAAGAUGGGGAGUGGAAUUGCGCCCUAUCAAAAGGUAUGCGCCGACGUCUCAAGGCAACUGGGCGCACUUCACCAUUGUCGGUCCGGUUACCAGUUCCCAAGAAUUCGGAGAAAAAACCCCGCACUCUUUUGUAUCUCCCUGACGACAGUCCCUCCGCACUGAAGGCGAAAUUCGGUGCAGCAUUGGCCCAAUUCCUACCGUCCGAAGGCAGUGCCUCGUUUGUCGCCCGUGUACUCUCCGAAUUACGUGCAAGAAUCCGACCGUCCGCUAAGAUUCUCUGCCUGGGUUUGGGUAACCCGGCUGUCGACUCAUCAAGUCUUCGUCAGCUGGCCUUUCUCACCGCUCUAGUGGAGGCCUCCGAUGGCAUUUUUGCACCCGCUAGGACUUUCAUCUAUGAUCCCGUCUUGAAAAUCACAUCUAGGGAUUUUAUUCGACGUCAGGGCUUUCGUGUCUUGUCCUCAAACUUAGAGGGUCACUAUCAUCUUCCCAGGGAUCAAUCUACGUUUGUCUUUCUUCCACAUUGCCCUCUCGCCUUGGCCGAGGGCCUAGUGUCCUGCAACUGGCACCGCGAAGUUCUCAAUCAGCUCACAUUUCUUUCCUGUCCUCUGAAACCGCGCAACGCCGACAACGAGGUCCCCCACCUUGCAUUUCUUCAGCCAUUCCGAAAUCGCGCCUCCCUGAAAACAGAACGCGACUUUGAAGGGCUUCGCCUAGAGUGGUUUUACCUUCCGCCUGAGGUGAAUCUCGUGCCUGCUAGCGCUUCUUCCCAGUCAACUAUUCCUUCAGGCGACCUCCUCACUUUUGACAACGUAUCGUCCUUCAUCGACGGUUGUGAUGCUCAAACAAUUGAUGGACUUGUUUAA